CAGGUGAAGACUAACCCGUCUGACCAGACCUGGUCCUCAGUGUGUGAAGCAGACCUGGACCUGCAGGAUGCACAGGUGGUGUGUCGGGAGCUGGGCUGCGGGGCUCCUUCAGUCCUGCAGGGGGCGCUCUAUGGAGACGUGCAGACUCCCAGGUGGAGCCCAGAGUUCCAGUGUGGAGGCCAUGAGUCUGCUCUGCUGGACUGUAGAAGCUCAGGCUCAGCUAGAAGCAGCUGCUCACCUGGUAAAGCUGCUGGACUCACCUGCUCAGGGGGGGAUGAGUUCAGGUUGGUGGGAGGAGCCAGUCGCUGUGCAGGAAGACUGGAGCUGAAAGUUCUUGGUGAACAGAGACCUGUGGAGGGCUAUUACUUCUUCACCCUGAAGACAGCAGCUCUCUUCUGUGAACAUCUGAACUGUGGCUCUGCUGUUUCUUUACAACCAACUGAUGUGUCAGAUCAAUCAAUGUGGAGAAUCAACUCAGACUGUGUUCAAUCUGGAUCUGAUCUGUGGAGCUGUGUGGAAUCAUGGAGAUCCUCUGGCACCCUUAAUCUCACCUGCUCAGAUAUCCCCGAGGCCAACCUGGAGCACAUCUGA